AUGCGCUUUGCUUGGCAGCGCGCGAGGCUGGAUCAAGGUGUCGGUGGAAAUGAAUACGAAGAUACGGGCUCACCCGAAAACGGCGCCAAGCGAAUCACGGCCGGGGAUGCGCUAAAACGCCCAAGACAAGCGAGUCGUUGUUUCUUGCUUUUUCACGACUUGUCAGAGAUAAGAAAACCGGGGUCCUUGCCCUCGCCCGAGUCGUCCGCCGUUCGUACCAAGAACUCCCUUCCCCGUCUUGCGUCCCGCUGCCUGCAACAGCUUAUCUUUGCUGCCACUCUUUUUGAGAAGCCAUCAAUCACACUCGCUACCACACAACCCUCUCUACCAAAACAACCCCCUCGCCUUAGCCGCAUCAUCAUUUUCCUCCUCUACGAACCGUGUCAAUCAACAACAUCAACCACAAUGGAACUCUCCGGCAACGAAAUCUUCAUCGCUCUCUUCCUUGGCUUCGUCGGCAUCCUCGUCCUCGCCAUGAUCCUUAUCUACUUCCGCAAGAAGCACCUGAAGAAGGUCAACGAGCAGCUGCGCGCAAAGAGGGCCGCCAUGGAGGAGGCAUGA